AUGUCGCUGCUAGUCCCGCCUCGGGCGGGCGAGCGAACGGCGCGGAACCAAACGGUGCUGGAUGAAGAGACGUAUACGCGCGGCCUGUCUCGCAUUAUUGAGCGCGACUUCUUUCCCGAUCUCCCGCGACUGCGCGCGCAUAAUGCGUAUGUGCACGCCCUGGAGGAGGGUGACGUGGACACGAUCGAGGCGUGUGCGCAUGCGCUUGUCGAGGCGGAGGCGGGCGAGGCGGAGGCAGGCAGCAGCAUGAGCAUCGGCGAGUACCAGGCGCGGUACACGACGGAGGACAAUGCCUCGUUCGCGCAGCUGCUGGAGGUGGAUGCGCAGCGGCGGCGGGCCAAGGAGGCCAGGGGUGCUGCGACGCGCCCUCCGAGUACGCAGCGCAUAGAAGCGCCGACGCGCGAAGCGCUGCCGCCCGCGCCGCCGAAGCGUGGCAUGAUGCCGCCGCCCGACGUGCCCCGCGUGCGAUACGCCAAGACGCGCCUCGUAUCGCUCCCGGACUCGGCGCCGUCCACACCCAGCCGCAGCGUCGUGGACGACGCGAUCCAGGCAUCCAGCACGCCGCAGAUCGGCGGCUACCGCUUUGUCCAGGCGACGCCGCGCAACGUCCGCGAGCCAUCGACACCGACGUCACGCCGCUGGCACGACCUGAGUCCGGCCGCGCGGACACUGCUCCAGCGCACGAGUCGGGGCGCAGGCGGCUUGUACCGCAGCGCGCCAUCGACGCCGCGGUGGACGCCGACGCCCAGUCCUGCGUCACGGCGUCACUAG